GAUGACAGUAAUCAGAAUUUCACGCGCAUUGAUCGUAAAUUAUACGUUGCUGCGAUGAAAGGCGACUUCCAAGAACUCUCCAAUGAACAGAAUUUGGAGAGUCUGCUCACCCCAAACAAAAACACCGUCCUUCAUAUACACUUGACUUCUACAACAAGUCAAACAGUUUCAGAAGAAUUUGUGACUAAGAUUCUUAAGGAGUGUGGAUGUCUAGUUCUACUCCCUAACGCCAAGAGAGAAACAGUCCUUCACAUCGCCGCAAGGUAUGGACACUCCAAUAUCGCUAAAUUAUUGCUUGAACAUGUCAAAGCUUUUCCACCUUCAGAUAUUGAGAAAGGUAUUGGAGCAGAAAAGAAGUUUAUGAGGGCCACAAAUAAUGAGAAGGACACUGCAUUGCAUGAGGCUGUGCGCUAUCAUCACAUUGAAGUAGUGAAGACCUUGUUAGAAAUGGAUCCUGAUUACUCCUAUGAUGCAAAUAAUGCCGAUGAGACUCCGCUUUAUCUGGCAUCACAACGACAAAAUCAGCAAGUGGUGGCUGAGAUAUUAAACAAAAUGAAAUCACCGGCAUAUGGUGGCCCCAAUAAUAGAACAGCAUUGCAUGCUGCUGUGAUUAACCAAGAUAUAGUAAUGGCAAGAGAUCUUGUGAAGAAUAAACAUGUGAGAAAGGCUGUGAAACAUGCGGACAAGGAAGGUUGGAUUCCUCUUCAUUAUGCUGUGAAAACAGGGAAUUUAGGUUUGACGAAGUUGCUGCUUGCACAAGAUGGGAACACAGCAUACAUGCAAGAUAAUGAGGGCAUGACAGCUCUUCACAUCGCUGCUUAUGAUGGUGAUUGGCUUAUUAUGGACAUGAUAAUAGAAUACUAUCCAGAUUGUUCUGAGAUAGUGGAUAAAAAAGGCUUGAAUGUUCUUCAUUAUGCUGUCAAUGGGGGGAGUGGAACUACAGUGGAUAUAAUCAUGGAGAACCUAUCGCUAAGCAACCUUUACAGUGAGAAAGACUUUGAUGGAAACACACCCAUUCAUCACCUCACCAAUUCCAACCUUAUGUGUGAGAGUUUUGUAUUUCACCGCAGAGUUGACAAGCUGGCCGUCAACAAGGAAGCUCAAACAGCUCUUGAUGUUGCCUAUUGUAAGAUUGAAGAUUCAGAUCAAUCAGAUUUUAGUAGCAUAUCGAUAACAGAGGACCAAAUAAGGUUAUUAAAAUCGGCUAGAUCAAAACAAAGUCAGCGACUAGAUCAAAAAUCAAAGAACGGGCAAGAAAAGACUCAAAGGGUAGUGUUAACUAAGGAAGCAAAGGAGACUCAUCUUUUAGUGGCCACACUCAUUGCAACCGUAAGUUUUGCAGCUGGGAUUACUGUACCAGGAGGUACCAUACAAGAUGGUGAAAAUAAAGGUAGCCCAGUUUUGGUGCAAAGUAGUUUUUUCAAAGCAUUCAUGGUAUCAAACACCAUAUCAAUGGUUCUGGCCGCUACUGCAGUUUCUAUAUAUCUUUUCACGCCAGUGACUAGAGAUAAAAGGAAGGAAAAUGCUUUCUCUAAAACAGCCCUCGUAUUCACUUUGAUCGCCUUAGCAGCAAUGAUCAUUGCAUUCAUUACAGGCACGUAUGUCAUAUUGGAAUCAUCCCGAGUAAUUGCUGUUGCAAUUUUCCUUAUUGGGUUAUCCUCUUUUAUGUUAGCAUACUAUGUAGUGGCCUUUUGGCAUGGGUAUGGCAAGCCACUUCCGCCAACUUGUGGUAUCUAUCUUAAGUAGACAAUUUUUUUUAUAGCAGUCUGCAGAAUUUGUUUUAGACCCUACUUAAAAUAAAUUGUACUCUUCAAAAACUAGAUACAAUUUAUCUAGAGUUA